AGCGCCUCAAGCCGUGCCCACCUUGCGUCUGAGUCCUCCACCGAGUCCUGGCCAUCGAGGCCAACGAUGUCCCCCUCCUCCUCGCCCUCCGUCGGCGGGGAGCUAGGGUUGCUCGGCAUGGCAGUCCUAUCCCACCAAUGCCGCCAUCCCGGCGACUUCCCCUCGCUGUCGGUGUCUGAUGACAACGGCAAGUUGCUCAUGGUGGCUAGCCGGUGUUGGAGAAGAAGAAUGACAGCCGGUUGGACAUGAAUUAGAGCACGCACAGGGAUUUUAUUCAGCGGGGAUCAAUGGCAGCACUUAUAACGAAGAGGUCUGCGGUUGCUCUUCCGCGGCGUUUCGGCGCUCCAUUCCGACGGUUGACGUAUCGAUCGGCGUGGUUGCCACUACGACGGUUUCCCUCCCCGGUAGUUGCUCUGCUUUAAUUCGCGCCGGUCGCUGCCAGGCAGACCUGUGGGAUAAGCGAGUGGACGAUCAGCGCGAUCGCACAACAUCUGCAGAGACGCAAAUGUACCGCAUAUUUGCGCUGCGUUUGCAUCUCUGUGCACGGCCCGAACUCGCCGCCCCGCUAGAGAAGGGCGCAGGCGCAUUUUCGGCCCGAAACGGACUCGCCCAGUCGGCCCGGUUGGACCGGUUGGAGAUGCCCUAAAGGCACAAUCUAUCAUUUCUCUGGCGACGAAGGGACAAAACUAGCUGAUGAGCCAUGAGGCCGUUUGGGAACACAGAAGAAAUGCCCUUCCGCAUCUACUAGCACCCUCCUAUUCUCCCUUCUGCAUCCCCCUUCCGCAUCCCUAGGCCACAAUUUCUCCCUCUCGCAUCCCUAGGCCACAACUUCUCUCUUCCUCCGCAUCCUCCCCGUUCUCCUCCGUAUCGUCCUUGCCAGCCGCACCGCGGAAGGAAGGUGGUGACUAUGGCUGGGGGGAAGAAGAGAGGAGCUGGUACCGCUAGCAGUGGCCGGGGGGAUAAGAAGAGAUCUGUCGGUACUAGCCCUGGGUCAAGUAGCGGCAGUACAAGUAAUGGGAGAGAUCGUCCGAAGGUCGAUCGAGAGACUAAGAAGAUGGAUAAAGCUCUUGAGAACAGCCACAAUCUGUCGAGAGCUUUCAAGCAGCACACCAUAGAGGAUGUUGAGAAGAUUACCUGGAAACUAAAGACUGAUGAAGAGGGUGUUAUUCAAGGCAGUUAUGCUGAUUUCAAGGGUGUCCUUGACGCUAGACGUGAUUGUUUCAAGAAAGUAAGGUCGACGCUUAUUCAUGGCGUCGUUGUCACGCAUCCGGGUUCAAACGAAACUUACCACAUCGUCAACAUUGAAGUUGAUUCUGAAGUUGUGCUGCAAUUGCUUUUCCGGCAGAGCGAUGGUUAUUUGGUGGCGUUUCGCCGCGUCUCGACUGAAAGCAGUUCGGUUUGGGAAGGCUGGUACUAUUUCAAAGACAAUAUAACAUUACCUUCCUUUUGUGAGGAACAGGUCAAGAUGAAUAUAGUAAGUGGCUACAAUCAGUUUUAUGAGAUCAGAUUUGGUAAAGGGAUAGUCUCAAGUAUUGUGAAGUGCCUCCUGGCAUUUACUCAAGAGAACUGUGCUUUGCGUACUUAUGGAGAACAUAAUAGGGGUUUGUUGUUUCAAACACUAAUGGUGUUCUUUGGUGAGUGUCAAAGGUCCGGAAUUUUCCUUGAGUUUGCUGAGCUUUACUAUGAGAGUGACACUUUGGUUGAAGUUACUGAAGAGUUGUCAAUGCACCGACACUCCUGGAUUAAUUUAUCAAGAGUACUCAUGGCUUUGUAUUUGGGAUACCUGUACCAAAAGCAUAGAUUAAAUGGAUGGGAGGCUGAAGUGAAGAAUGGGGAGCGGAAGAUGACACUAGAAAUCGGAGAAUUUACAGAUUUGGGUCACCUUGGCAUUGAGAGGUUUAUUGUGUAUGAAAUGGUUGAUGAUAAAAGAGUCCCCAACUACUCAAGUUCAAUGCAAAGUCUUCUUGGUUCUGAUGUUGGUCAGCUGUUGCACUUGAUAAAAUAUGAUGAGGAGUCCGUCCAGAAAAUACACUUGGCUAGGAUGAAGGCAGGUGUGUCAGAGGAAGAUGAUUGAUUGUCAGGUAGCUAUAUUAGUGAAGUUCCUGUCAUGCAGUGUAAUGUCCGAACAUCAUGCAAAAACCUUUUAGAGAUUUGUUAACUCAUGGUAGAUAAACUAAGCAAUCAGAGAAGGAAUGAUAUAGGGUAACAAGCUGCAAAUGAGAGCUUUCAGGCCUCACAACGAUGGCCUCCUGUAACAAGUCUUGGUUGAUUCUUGGAAGUGAUGCUCUUCUGGCAGUUGUCUCUUUUGUUCAGUCUGAUGUUUUUUGCGAGUUGGAUAUGUCCACCCUACUUAGGAACCCAGUUUAGUGGUCUGCUCCUUGACCUUUUGCUAAGAUAACUGAUGGUCUCUGUUAGAGACUCUUUUUUUCUCUUUAUUGGCUGAUAGCAGUGAGGCACUUUCUUCCCUGAACCCCUGAGCUGGCGCGUGAAGCAUGGGUUGCUAUUCGCAGUUACCUCGAGGACACUGCUCUCUGGACCCCAUCCUCUCGGUGUUGGUCUCCUUCAGUUGUACUUGGUUCUUGCCUGAUACUGCGUGGUUCAGAAUUUGCAUCCGGCUUUCCCGGUCCCGGAUGUGCUCACUUUAUCAACCAAGAUGAAGCUGGAAUGCAAGAAUCAUGGCUGAGCCAUUCCAGUGCUGGGUUAUGUUGCUUGGCAUCCCACAGCAGCUCAUCCGGGAGGAUUCAAUUGAUGCCAUUGUGAGAUCCUUUCGGGGUGUUUUGCUCUUCUGGCACGAACCAGCUCACAGCAGAGAAAAGGUCAUACUCAAGUGUUUAGUGGAAGAUAUUGACCACAUUCCCAGGGGAAGUUUUCUCUCGCAAUGGUUUUAGAAGGUCUUGGACGAUCACAGCUUAUUCUCUCAUUGGUGAUGCACAACCCGCUCCGAUGCCAGAAGCUGAAGAUUUACCGCCAGAGAACAUCGACACACACCCAUAUCAAGGACCAGUCCUCUUGGAGCAUCCUCUGGAUGCAGCCUGGAAUGAAGCUUGGUCUGAAGAUGGUGCUAUUCCCUUGGAACCGGCCACCGGAGACAGAAGUGAUCCUACUGCUAGUCUUGUCCAUCUCCCUCGGCUGCACCCCCCCCCCCCCCUGCCGCUGAGACGGGUGACCAGUCAAAUAAAGCUCCCAGUGAUGCUCUCAGUCCAAGUACUCUUGUUUCAGGUGGACAUGUCUCUGUCCAUGGUCCCUCUCCGCCUGCUGAAGAUGAUCCAGAUAAUAUGUUUGCUUUUGCUGAUUAGUUUGCUGAACCAAUGUACGUUGCUGAAGCUGCCAAGGAUCUUAAAACUGCAGGCUAUACUGAACUGGAAAUUCUGGCCACUUUGGAAGCUUUCAAGCGCUCGGGAAAGCUUGUUCUUGGAUCUCCUCCCUGGACGCCAAAGCUGCCUAUUAAUCUAUCUGUUACUGCUAAGGAUCUGGAGCAUGCUGGAUAUUCCACAAAUCAGGUUGCUUCCAUUAUCGAGGAAUUCAAGCAGUGUGGGCUGCCCUAUGUGGCUGUGGCUCUCCUUCCUGGACUAAGCAGACACCUCCUUGACAUUUCAUGACUCUCCUUGCGGGCUCUACACCAGCCAAUACCAUCAUCUCUCUGUGCAAGACUUUUACCCCAGAUAAUUUUGGGAGCAGUUUGUCCACGCUUUAGGACAUGCUGGUUAACAUAUCUGGAGGUCCACUAAUGCAAAUCAGUACAGAGAACACAAGAUUUCUGGUGGAUCAGUUUGUAGAAACUUGCUGAUACUGUGAAGAUGCAGAGUCACUUACCUGAAGCCAACAAGAUCACCAAGAAUUUAGCCUUUGAUCCUCUGGCUAUUUCUGGUCCAGCUUAGCGUUCUGGUUCAGUUGCUCCAUCCCCUGAAGCUCAGCCCUAUGCUUUCAAUCGUUUUUGUAACAGACAGGGUGUUCUCAUCAGUCGUAACUUGUCCAUGUCGCAAACGGCAUGGUGUACCAGUUUCAGUUUGCAGCCUCAGAAGGAGCCCUCGUCUUGGCAGCCUUGCAGUUGGAUUCAAGCCUGCUCCUGCCUCGCAGAUGUUGACUUCUACCAAGUGAUGGAGUAGAUCUUGCAGUGCGGUAUUGUUGACUUGUCUUUAUUGGAAACUAUACACCAGGGAUUCAUCAAAAAGCUGGCGUCAGGCUGGAUCAGAUGGAAGUAGUCAACUCAGUCUAAAAGAGCCAUCUACCAACGUGGUCUUGGCUGAUCAUGUUACUACGAAGAAAUGGCAGCAAGUCGUUGAUUUUGACGACCACCUCGAUGAUAUUAGCAAGUUGAAGAUUCUAUGAGUAAACAACUUGCCAUGGAGUUACAGUUCUUAUUACCCCACAAAGAAGUGAUAGUUUCGAGUGCUUUGGUCUGGUUUGUUUACAUUGGUUUUUGUUUUUGUUUUUUUGCAGGGAUUGGUUGAACCCAAACCUACUUGGUUGAGACAAUUUUGUGAUUUAGUUGUUUUAUAUUUAUUUCAACUGUCUAGAACCAAGGUCUCAAAUCUUGUACCGUCAAAUCAUUAAAUUUCACUUAAUAGCUAGAAAUGCUAUUUGAUAUGGUUUGUAAUUUAAUAUGAUAAUAAGUAGAAAAUCACAUGUGUUUGUGCUGAAAUCUGUAGCAAGAAAUUCCUGAAAGUGAAGAAAGCUGUUGUUGCAAGGGGUCUUUGAAGAGAGCAACAUCUAUGGCGUCCUCGCAGGAAAUUGCUACUUCCAUCACAUUUUUAAUCAGCUACAUUGAUCUACAUGUCCUGUCAUGGCCGUGUGCCCUGUAAUGGCUUUUUUCUUCGAGGGAAAGAGCCUUGUAGUUUGCAGAUAUAUUUGCUGCCUUCGUAUCACUUCAUUUGACUGAAUGGCUUGAUUAAUGGAGCCUACCUUUCCGUU